ACCAUCAACAAUGUCAGUUCUAGUGGGAGGCGGUACAGGAUUUAUUGGAAAACGCCUUGUGACGCUGCUGGCAUCUAGCGGCUAUGAUGUAACCAUUGUCUCCCGGAUGCCCGGACUGAACAGGAUCACCUGGCACGAAUUGGAGGCUCAUGGACUGCCCAAGGGCACCACGGCGGUGGUUAAUCUCGCUGGACAGAAUGUGCUGGACCCCACAAGGCGUUGGACGCCGGGUUUCAAGCAGAACGUGUGGAAUUCUCGAGUGAAUUCUGCAGCGUCAAUGGUCAGGGCAAUCUCCAAGACUCCCGCAGAACCUGGCGUCUUUGUGAAUGUGUCGGGCGUUAGUCUGUACCCACCGGCCGCCGUGGAUGCCAAAGAGACCUUCGACGAGUCAGAUCCGGGCGUGGAGUAUGACUUUAUGUCGCGACUGUGCUUCGCCUGGGAGGCUGCAGCCACUGUUCCUGACUUCACGGGCUGGCGAGGCGUCCGUGUGCGCAGUGGUGUCGUGCUGGGACGUCACGGUGGCAUGAUUGGCAACAUCUACCUGCCCUUCUUCCUCGGUCUGGGCGGUCCAGUGGCGUCUGGAAAUCAACCUCUGCCGUGGAUUCACAUUGAAGAUCUCUGUGCAAUUAUCCUGCUCGCCCUUAAGAAAGCCGACAUUUCUGGGGCUCUGAAUGCCGUGGCGCCCCAAAUAAUCACAAAUGGGGAUUUCUCGAUGGCUUUCGCCAAGGCCCUGAGACGACCGGCAGCCUUUAGGAUACCAGAAUCUGUACUGAAUCUUAUGUUUGCACAAGAGAGGGCAGUUCUGCUGACAACCGGCGCCAGAGUAGCCUCGCAGAGACUGCAGGGAUUGGGCUUUGAAUUCCAGUACCCGAAAAUCGAGGAAGCGUGCUUGCAAUUGGUCGGAAGGAAACGAUAG